AUGGUAUAUGUUUAUAUAGACUUGCUUCCUCAAGAAAUUAAAAAGCAUUUCAAAUACACACAAGAUCCACUUAAUCCAACCAAUUAUGCCAAGUUUAGUGAAAUCAAACUUUAUAUAGAUCAAUAUAAUGAUGAUCAUAUAGAUUAGUUGAAUGUUCAAGAUGUUAUAGGAACCAAGUUCAUAAUGUAAAGUGAUUUAUAAGCAUUGCAAACCACCUGGGAAGCAGACCAUAGACCCAAAGAAGUCUUAGAUGAAAUCAGAGCAAGGGAGAUGAGAUGCAAAGACAGGGCGUUCAUAUCAAAAUCCUCUUAAUUGACCAAAGGUGUAUUUCAAGAAAAAAAACAAGAGUCCAUUAAGGAGUAUGAGAAAAGUGUUAAUUUUGGAUUGUCCUUCAUUUUUAGCAUCUUUGCCAGUGGAUUAUUAGGUUAUUAUCUGGGAAUCUACUUCUUUCAACUUACCUAUGAUCAAUCCUUAGCCUUGGCUGCAUUUUUUUUGAUUGGGGCCCUGAUUGUUGAAACUGGACUAUACAUAGUGAAGAUUAUGAAGGAGGACAGGAUCAGGAAAAUUAAUUAGAGAUAGAACAACAAGCAAAAUAAGACAGUCCCAACUAAAUUUAAAAAAGAAUGA